GACAGUAAGUAAAAAAGAUUGAAUCAGGUCUGCUUUCUCGUAUCAUUUUUGGGGACCGCGUCGGCUAAGCUAAUUAGAAUAGAAAUCCGGUUGUCCCUGUGCAUCCUCGGGUGAACUUCAAACUACGCAGCUGGAAAAUGUUACGCUCCUUCGUGCGGUCACAUUUUACGCUCCUAACAGCGAUGCUGAUGGCCGGUCUGGCUGUGAGCAUGGUUGAGGGCGAGAAAGAAAUACCACUUACCAAGUUCAGCCAAGAUGUUGGCGGGUACGGCGCAACGAUGACGUUCCUGUACUGCUAUUCCUGCGGAUAUCGUAAGGCGUUCGAUGAUUACUAUAACAUAAUUCGCGAAAAGUACCCGGAAAUUACGAUCCGGGGCGGUAACUAUGACCCUUCCGGGUUCAAUAUGCUGCUGUCGAAGGUCCUGCUAGUGACGAAGCUGCUGCUGAUCGCGGCACUGAUGUCGAACUACGAUAUCGGCCGGUUCAUUGGAAAUCCGUUUGCCGGUUGGUGGCGAUGGUGCUUCAACAACAAACUGUACGCAUCGAUGAUGAUCUUCUUCCUCGGCAACACGCUGGAAGCUCAGCUCAUAUCGUCCGGUGCAUUCGAGAUAACGUUGAACGAUGUGCCAGUAUGGUCCAAGUUGGACACGGGCCGGUUUCCUGCGCCACAAGAAAUGUUCCAAAUCAUCGAUAAUCAUUUACAGUUUGCCAACAAGAUUGAACCAAAUCCUGAUUUCGUGAAAUAAGCCAGAACCGGUGGCAUUUUCCCAUUCCGUUACACGGAGUAAUUGUUUUUAUGUUUGUUACAAGCUCCUGUAUUAGUUGCCCCUUGAGUUUACGUUUCAAUGUACAGUAACGAAACAAAGUUGAGUUGAGUUGAGCUUUUGAUAAUUGAAGAUUUUUUUUUCAUGCAACUCCAUACUGUUUUUUUACUUUUGCUAUAGUGGUCUGUAUACCAUUCUACCCAAUCGUUUACCCAAUGGUACAUACAUAUUUGUUUGUUUUUUUAUCUCCUUGCAUGAAUUAAGACAAAAAUACUCAUGUUUUUCUUUUCGUGAAUUCGAGCUAGAUACUCAUAACUAUUCAACAUGUUUUACACCCUGCAAUGUGAACACAAUAAGGUGGCAAACACAACACACACGGUCUGGUUAGGCUAGGUUGUAAGGCAAUCCUAUUCGGUGGGUAGAGUGCGGUGAACAGGUGUGUUUUCGUAUCCGUGGUAGAAUUGAAUAAAAUAAUUUACCAAAAAGCCCUAACUCUAGGUAGUAGGAUACUCGUACGAUGUUGCAUCUGAAAUGGUCGAAGUGAUUAAUCACGCCGUUCACGUGUUUGUUUGCUAAGCGAUAAGAAGGGGGAGAGAACAGUAAGAUGAUAAGAGAAAUGGUGAGAGUACAGCCAUACGGUUAUAUUUAGGAUCAGCGGAGCAACGAUGGUUUUGUGAUCAUUCGUAAAUGUUCCGUUAGCCAGGAAUAUUUUUUAAAGGGCUCAAUAUGCUAGAAACAUUUCAAUGCACGAGUAUAAAUUUGAUUUUAUAUAAGCAUUGUAUACGUUUUGUUUACGAAAUAAUUCGUAUAAGCAGAAUGAAAUGUGCUGUUUA